UGGGGGCUGGUUUGGAGUGCAUCCUGACUUCCGCUGGUGUGGGAUCUCCCAGCACGGAGUUGCGAGAGAUGUCACGGUCCCUCGGGAGCUGAUCUGGGCUGGCUUCAGCAUACCUCUACCCAUGGCCCUUUGCAAUUAAAUGUCUUUCUCCCCAUUUAGGUUUUUUGAGGACAAGAGCAAGCCUUCGGGGUUUUUUCAUCUGACAUUGCAUAAGUGAAAGUUGUGGCAGGGUGGAUGGAGAAGGACAGUUUGCAAGAUGAGCAACAGCAGCAAUAAGAGAGCCCCAACAACAGCGACCCAGCGUCUGAAACAGGACUACCUUCGGAUCAAGAAGGACCCAGUGCCUUACAUCUGUGCUGAGCCCCUCCCCUCCAACAUUCUAGAAUGGCACUACGUGGUCCGAGGCCCUGAGAUGACUCCUUAUGAAGGUGGCUAUUAUCACGGAAAACUCACUUUUCCCAGAGAAUUUCCCUUUAAGCCUCCCAGCAUUUAUAUGAUAACACCCAAUGGAAGGUUCAAGUGUAACACGAGGUUGUGUCUUUCCAUCACGGAUUUCCACCCAGACACAUGGAACCCAGCCUGGUCUGUGUCCACCAUCCUGACGGGGCUCCUAAGCUUCAUGGUGGAGAAGGGCCCCACACUGGGUAGUGUGGAGACGUCGGACUUCACGAAAAGACAACUGGCUGCACAAAGUUUAGCAUUUAAUUUAAAAGACAAAGUUUUCUGUGAACUAUUUCCUGAAGUUGUGGAGGAAAUUAAACAGAAGCAGAAAGCACAAGAUGAACUCAGUAGCAGACCCCAGGCUCUCCCCUUACCAGAUGUGAUUCCAGAUGGGGAGACACACCACGGCCAGAACGGGCUCCCGCUCCUCAACGGGCACGCGCCGGGGGCCGGGCCGCACCUUGCAGGGCUCCAGCAGGCCAACCGGCACCAUGGACUCCUGGGCGGUGCCCUGGCGAACUUGUUUGUUAUUGUUGGGUUUGCAGCCUUUGCCUACACGGUCAAGUAUGUGCUGAGGAGCAUAGCUCAGGAGUGAGCCACGCGCCACAACUGUCAGAGGCAGUCGGAAGUGAGGGACGCUGGGCCCAGCUCGACGUGGGCUGGCUAUACGGCCCGCCGAGUAUGGGGUAGGCCUGCCUAACUCCUGGUGUUAACCUUUUAAAAACCUUUUAAGAGGAAAACAAAACCAAAGCGUGUAGUUUGGAUUUGGAGGAGACAAGGAGUGCCAGCCUCCUGCUGUCGCUCUGGGUCUGUUGGGGGCCGUGGAGCCCAGGCAUCCCUGAGGGGCCCUCGCGCUUUGGUUUUAUAGCUUAUCUUCUGUAUUGUCUCUUGGACUUGUUUUAGUAAACCUGUUUUUCAUUUUAUUAGAUUUGUUCACUUAAAAAUAUAAAACUCGAUGCCUAUCCAGUGCUCCGCGUGCAUUCUUCAUCUGGCAAGGCCCUGCUGACCAGGCAAGAGCCAGGCCUGUGGCAGCAUCCAGCCCUUGAGGGCAGGGGCCAGCUGUCCGGGGCAGCCACGGAUGGGGAUACAGGAGACGUAGGGUUUGGCUUCUGCACUUCAGCAGGCGUUCAUGUUCACCUGGACCGAAGGGGAGUUUUGGACAGGCGCCGUCUUUGGCGGAAGCUGAAGUUAAGCAUGUGCUCACUCUGACCACAAGGGGUCGCCCUUUACCUCCAGAAGCCCUGUCCCCACCGUGGGCCAGGCUCCCGUGCUGUGGGGCGGCCCCCUGGACCUGCAGGAGCGUGGCUCUGAAGGCUGCGUGUGGGGUGGCCCGGAAGCCCUUUCUGCACAGGUGCAGACGGCGCUCCGUGCUUGGCGGCUUCCCUCAUGCCUGGUUCCGUGGACCUUACCAAUAGGUCCACAUGCCCUUGUCCAGCUGAUCCGCAUCAGGUGUUGCCCUUCCUGGACGAUCAUAUGGGUGGAGCAUCACAGAAGGAAAGGAAAAGUCUGCCCAAGGAGGAUGUGCCCAAGGUGGGAGCCACAGCUGGCAGCGUCUCGGCCUUGCGGCCGGGGCCCUGGGUUGCCCACGUCUGCUGCUCUGCGUCGUGGGUGCUCCCGCACAGGGCUUGGGAGGGGCUGCGUCAGCUGCCAGCUGAGGCCGGACCCCCCUCCAGAGCCGAUGGGGUUGCAGCUCUGUGCCUGUGACCUCCGACUUUUUUUCAUCAGUUUAUUCACGGUUGCUCUGUAAGGUGCCACUUGUAUGUGCUUAAUUCACUCUGUGUGUUAAAAAAAGUCAUUAUGUUUGUGCCUGAA